GCUGUGCGCGCACAGCACAUUUCCUUUUUUCUGAAAAAGAAAGGAGAUAAAAGGAGGCACAAUAAAUGGCGUCAAAGCCACGGGCCUUCGCGAAGGUCUUCCUCCCCGCGCUCCCGCCGCCGCCCCUCCUUACUGCCCCCGUCUUCUCGCGCCGGCCGACGACUCGGGGUGCCGGCGCGGCGGCGAUGUCGGCGGCGGCGCCAGCGCCAGCGCAGGCUCCAAGGAAGUGGGAGGGACUAGUGGACGAGGCGCUCGAGAGGGAGGUGCUGGGAGCGUGCCUGGACCAGGCCCCCGAGCGCCGCCGCAUCCGCGAGGCUUUCAAGAACGUGCAGCUCAGCAUCGACCAUUGCCUCUUCAAGGGACAAUAUAGUGGCAUCGGAACAAAGGAGUCAUAUGAGCGUAACUCUAGGGGGGUGGAGAUUUUCUCAAAAUGCUGGUUUCCAGAGAAUCAUCGCAUGAGAGCAAUUGUUUGUCUUUGCCAUGGUUACGGAGACACAUGUACCUUUUUCCUUGAUGGAGUUGCUAGGAAGAUUGCUUCAGCUGGAUAUGGAGUAUUUGCACUGGACUACCCUGGCUUCGGUCUUUCAGAAGGACUUCAUGGAUAUAUUCCAAGUUUUGAUACUCUUGUUGACGAUGUAGCUGAACACUUUUCUAAGGUCAAAGGAAAUCCUGAAUAUAGAGGCCUCCCGAGUUUUCUGUUUGGUCAAUCUAUGGGUGGAGCAGUUGCAUUGAAGGUUCACUUCAAGCAACCAAAUGAAUGGAAUGGUGCAAUACUGGUUGCACCCAUGUGCAAGAUAGCAGACGAUGUGGUUCCACCAUGGCCCAUUCAGCAAGUUCUAAUUUUUAUGGCCAAACUUCUGCCAAAAGAAAAGCUUGUUCCUCAAAAGGAUUUAGCUGAGUUGGCAUUCAAGGAGAAGAAGAAACAAGAGCAGUGUUCUUUCAAUGUGAUUGCCUACAAGGAUAAACCACGUUUGCGAACAGCUCUGGAGAUGCUGAAAACGACACAAGAGAUAGAAAGGCGUCUGGAAGAGGUUUCUUUGCCCUUGAUCAUUUUGCACGGUGAGGCUGAUUUGGUUACUGACCCAGCGGUUAGUAAGGCUCUGUAUGAGAAAGCUAAGAACCAAGACAAGAAGCUGUGCCUCUACGAAGGUGCAUAUCACGCUAUCUUGGAAGGUGAACCGGACGAGACAAUAUUCCAGGUUCUUGAUGAUAUCAUAUCUUGGCUCGAUCAGCAUUCCACAAGAGAAGAAGGUAUGUCGUCGUGAAUCGGACAGCGCUGUUCACCAGGAUUAGGUGAAUUCAUUUGGCAUUGCUGUAUCCCUUCCGGUUAGGGAUCCCAGAUUCAACGGUUGAGAAAUCCAUUUUUUGACCCUGUAAAAUUCUUAGUUCUGAUUAUUUAUGUGCCUGUCAAGUA